CAGUUUACUCAUUGUUUCAAAAUGGCCGCCCCCUCCUUUUCCAAAAUGGCGGCGCCCGCAUUGGAGCAGAUCCUGACGGAUCUCCUGGAGCCCGACAGCACCGGGAUCCGCCAGGCCACGGAGCGGCUGCGGGAGGCGCUGGAGGAGCCGGAGGGGCCCGAAGGCCUCGCGGAGCUGCUGAGGGGGGCGGGGAGGCCGCAGAUCCGACAGUUGGCGGCUGUUCUGCUCAGGAGGCGCCUCAGGAAACUCCCCCAGGAGUUGAUUGACAGGCUUCCGCAUGUCGUGGUCGAGGCCUUGGAGCAAGAGACGGAUUCUUGCAGCAGAGGGGCCCUGGGGCAGCUCGGGGCGAGGCUGCUGCUCCUGGGGGGCCCCAAAUUUUGGGAACCGCUGGAAAAAUGGAUCCAGGAGGCGGCGAGGGACCCCCAGAAAAUGGAGGGAGCGCUGAGCGUUGUGGGCGUGGCCUUGGCCGUGGCUGGCCCCGCCCUCUCCCCUCGAGGCCCCGCCCUCCUGUCCCUGAUCCGGGCGGGGCUCGGGGCCCUCAGAGACCCCGGAAGUGUCGGAGCCGCCCUGAGGGCCCUGAGGGAGCUCCUGCCUGUCCUGGGACACAAAAAAAAACCGUUGAGAUUUUGGGGCGAAAAUUGGAAUUUUGGGAAUUUGCUUCGCUCUCUGGUGCCCGAGGUCCUGGCGGUGCUGGAGGAGCUGCUGAGCCUGGAUGAGGACCGUGGGGCCAAUGCUCUGGAAGUCCUGGAUGAAUUCCUGGAAACCAAUCCUGAAUCCCUGAUCCCACAUCUGAGGCCCAUGCUGGAGCUCUGCCUCCAGGUGGCCAAGGACGAAUGCAGGGGUGACACCGUGAGGGUUCGGGCCUUGGCCACGCUGACGUUCCUGGCCCAGAAGAGACCCAGGGCCCUGCUCAGGGGGGGUCUCCUCCCAUUUCUCCUCAGGGGGCUCCUGGUUCCCCUUUGUUCCCCAUUGAGGCCCCAAAGCCCCGACCCUGAGGAGACCUGGCCGGGGGGGGAGGGGCAGCCCUGCCCCCGCCACGGAGCCGCUCAGGUUCUGGAUGCUCUGGCCCAGGGGCUCCCCCCUGAAAAGCUGCUCAAGGAAUUGUUGCCGCUGCUGGAGGGGGCCGGGUCGGGGCGGCUGCGCCGGCGGCCGCAAGGGGGCGCUGCUGGCGCUGGCCGCGAUCGCGCGAGGCUGCGGCUCCGCCCUGCGCCAGCGGUAUCUGGGCGUGGUCCUGGCGGCCCUGCGGGCCGGGCUGGGAGACCCCGAGGGCGCCGUCAGGGGGGCGGCGGCCGCGGCCCUGAGGGAGCUGAGAGAGGAACUGGAGGUGAGGGGGUCCAGCCCUGGCUGCCCCAGGUCCUCCCCAGGAUUUUGGCAGCUCUGGAGGCCCCGGAGGAGCCGCGGGGGCGGGAGCUGGCGCUGAGCGCCCUGCACGCCCUGGCCUCGGGCCCGGGGCCCCUCCCCCUCCCCUCCCCCCUCAUCGGCGCCGUCACCGCCCUGGCCCGGGGGGGGGGAGGAGCAGCUGCAGGCACUGGGUGAG